AUGUUGGAAGCCAGAGUAAAACAAGCUGCUGUACUUAAAAAGCUCUUAGAUGCUAUCAAGGAGUUAGUGACAGAUGGUAAUCUCGAUUGUACCGACGAAGGUAUCGCUCUUCAAGCGAUGGACAACUCUCAUGUUGCUCUUGUAUCUCUUAAACUCGUAGCUGAGCAAUUCGAAUCUUACCGAUGCGACAGAAAUAUGCCUCUCGGUGUGAAUCUUACUUCCCUCACUAAAAUCCUCAAAUGUGCUAAAGAUCAAGAUGUCGUAACUCUAAAAGCUCCCGACGAUGCCGAUUCUCUUGGAUUAGUAUUCGAAUCUCCCAAGGAAGAUCGAGUAGGUGAAUACGAAAUGAAAUUGAUGGAUAUCGAUCAAGAACAUCUCGGUAUCCCCGAUACUCAAUAUGACGCGACCAUCACCAUGUCAUCAUCUGAAUUUCAAAGGAUCUGUAGAGAUUUAGCUGCUUUAGGUGAAUCAGUUAAGAUUGAAGCUUCAAAAGAAGGUGUAAGGUUUAGUUCAGAAGGUGAAGUUGGAAAUGGUAGUGUCUUGUUAAAACAAUCCGCUGGAACGGAUAGAGGAGGUGCUUCUUCGUCAAAGAAGUCUAAUGUAAAGAGAGAUCCAGAUCAAGAAGAUGAAGAGGAAGAAGAGGAUGAAAAACCUGAAAUAGAUGAAGAAGAAGGUGAAGACGAGAUGGAUGAAGAUGAAAGACCAAAGAAAAGAAAGGCUAACGGUAAAGCAAAGACCGCUAAAAAAUCCAAAAAGGAAGAAUCAUCUUCAGACGACGUUGGAGUAUCGAUCAUCCUUGAAAAACAAGUUUCACUCACAUUCUCACUCAAAUACCUUACCAAUUUCGCUAAAUCAGCUCCACUCGCACGAGAAGUCAGCUUACACAUGUCAAAUGAUGUACCGUUACUUGUUCAAUUCGAUUUCGAACAAGGUACAUUACAGUUCUUCUUAGCUCCAAAGAUCUCGGAUGAGUAA